AUGGCAACGGAGGUUAUGAAGGGGUACAACGAUCUGCAGCAGGAGCUGGACCGUGCGAGAUGUAACCUGAAGGGAUUGAAUGAUAACAUUCGGAGAAUAUUUGGACGCGAUCCAGCCAAUGCCGAGCAGUACAACAACGGCCGUGAUGAUACCGGUGGACCGUACACACCGAACGGAGGCAACAAAAAAAGUCCCGCCGUAAAGGAUUUACCGUACGCCGAUUCCCGCAAGCGAAGCUCGCUCGGAUUCGAUUCACCGCAUCAUGGGAUGGGACCACGCCGGGACCAUCAUGGUCGGCCAUACCCAGACCUGGGUCAAAAUCCAGCCAAACGUCGUGCCAUAGGAGAAACAAAGUCCGUUUUUAGCCGGCUAUCUGGGCCUCCGAAUCGUGACGUUGAUUACGAGAAGCCACGAAUCUUGUCCCGCAUCAUCAAGGAACAACCAUCCAAGGAGGAUAUUGUAGCAGCGCAAGGAUCGGACGAACGGUCGCGUGCCCGUAAUCGGCGCAUCUUCGGUUCACUGCUGGGUACGCUGCAAAAGUUCUCCCAGGAAGAAUCGAAACUCAAGUCCAAGGAGGAGAAAAAAGCGAUGAUCGAAAAGAAGCUGGAGGAGCAGGAGAAAGCGGAACGGGAAAACAUGCUCAAGGAGAAGCAAUGCCUGUUUACGGACCGGAAACGGCAGCAGCUGGAAAUUCGCGCGCUCGAAACGAAGAUGGCAAUGCUGAAGGCACUGGAAAUGUGGGAAAAUUCGAAACGACCGUUGCAAAACUUUAUCAAAACGAAAACGAAUCCUCCGAUAUACUACCUACCAAAGCGGAUGAAUGCUGCCAUGGAAAAGAAGCUGGCCGAAUGUCAGCAGGAGCCGCAGAAAAUGUUGGAAGAAAAGCGCCAAGAGGUGAUGGAAAGCAUUGAAGCGGUUGAGGCACGGUUCCGAGCGGAUAUAAAAUCGCUGGAAGAAAACGAUCCGAAAGAUCGUUCCCAUGGCGGUGGCUAUGAGCGGGUAAAGUCUUCCGGCAGCUUCGAUGAGAGCUUGCUCGUUGUCUCCGGUGGAACCAAGCACGAUCGAUCAAAGCUGGACGAUGACGAAGAGGACGAUGAUCCGCACAGUACGUACCACUAUGAACAGGACGAACAGCUCGAAGUGCCCGAAGGGCCAGCCUUACCAGCGUCGAUGGCGUCAAGGUUUAAAAUUACCAUUCUUAACACUGAUCUUAAGCAUGAUACCACCGAACGACGGGAUAUGCCUGCCGAAGAAUCGAAACCCAUCCGGCUACUGUCUGCCGACGGUAUGGAGGUGGACGCAUCCGUUACAGAAAUGGAUGAAGAUUCGGAAGGUGUUGGCAGACGGAAGACCUCGAUCGAUCGUACGAAAAAUAUUCAAAUCACGUUCCGAACGUCUGUCCCGGAGGAUAAUUGAUCGUCCCAUGGCAGGGCGGUGCG